GGGGAAGGAGCCUGAGCCUCCUCCAGGUUGGGUGACUCUGGUCUCCCUCAGCUGCCAUGGAUUGGAAAACGCUGCAGGCGCUGCUCAGCGGGGUCAACAAGUACUCCACAGCCUUCAGCCGCAUCUGGCUCUCCAUGGUCUUUGUCUUCCGUGUGCUGGUCUACGUGGUGGCGGCCGAGAAGGUCUGGGGUGACGAGCAGAAGGACUUUGACUGCAACACGCGGCAGCCGGGCUGCACCAACGUCUGCUUUGACCACUUCUUCCCCGUCUCCCACAUCCGCCUCUGGGCCCUGCAGCUCAUCUUUGUCACUUGUCCUUCCCUCCUGGUCAUCAUGCACGUGGCCUACAGGGAGGACCGCGAGAGGAAGAACCGGGAGAAGAAUGGAGAGAAUUGCCCCAAGCUCUACAGCAACACAGGCAAGAAGCACGGCGGGCUGUGGUGGACCUACCUGUUCAGCCUCUUCUUCAAGCUUAUCAUAGAGAUCCUGUUCCUCUACCUCCUCCACAAGAUGUGGGACAGCUUCGAUUUGCCACGGCUGGUCAAGUGCUCCAACGUGGAUCCCUGUCCCAACACCGUGGACUGCUACAUCGCUCGGCCAACCGAGAAAAGGGUCUUCACCUAUUUCAUGGUUGGAGCCUCCUCCAUCUGCAUCGUCCUCACCGUCUGUGAGAUCUUCUACCUCAUCUUCAAGCGAGUUGUGCAGAGGACAAGGAAGUGGAGGAAAUCCACCAAGCGCUCCGUCAGCUACAGCAAGGCCUCCACCUGCCACUGCCAUGUCAAAUCAGAGGAGAAGGACAACAAGUCCCAGCCUAGAGGAGAAGAGCUGUGAGCUCACCCACCCCAGACGGUUCACAUUCCCCUCAACUUGGCUUUUCCAGCCUGGCAAAUCCCUGAACCCUCAAGAGUCGACCCGUGUGAAAAAUGACUAAACUCAACAAAGUAAUGUCCCUGGAGAGAGACCCACGGGUGCCUGAGCAGACACAGGUAAGGCAAGGGCAGCCCUGGAGCUCUGCAGGUGGCAGUGCCACAAGCAUGGACGUCACAGCAGCACACAGAUCCUCCGAGUCCAGCAGCUUCUCUUGGGUUCUGCAGCUCUGCUGCUCCCAUGCUGGGUGUGAGUGCCCCCAGCUGGUGCCCAGCCAGGGCUGGUGUCACCCAGUGCGUGCCAGUCCUCCCAGCUCACUGUGCCUCACACAUGCACUGCUUUCUUUUGUACCAAGAAACCAAAGGAAUUCUGGGCUCCGUGGCCAGAGCUCUCUUCAUGCACCAAAAGUAAUGACAGAGGACCGGGACUCCAGUCUGUUGGCAACUGUUCUGCUGGCCCAGUUUGCUAUUUCUCCCCCUUGGCUCACACAAGCACCAAGCCAUGUUUUGCCCAAAAGCCCUUGCUGGCUCUGCUGCUUCCCUUGGUGCCUCUGUGUCCUCCCUCACCUCAGAUGCACAUCACAUGCGGCACACGCUAUGGAUCCAAAAGUCCAAUAAAUGUCGUGUUUGGAGACACCAAGAUCUGCUCUUCACGCUGGAAAUUGGGGGACUGGUGAGGGCAGAAGACAUGGAUUUGCAGAGGUUCCUCAGGAGCCUGCAGCCAGGUCCUUCUCCUCCGCCUGAGCGGGGCAUUGGUCGAGCCCACGGCCGAGCUCACGUCCGCCCGUUCCGCCUCUCCCAGCUUGUCACGCGUCGUUAAACUUUA